AUGAAGACGGUAUGCAUUGCCAAAGCAGAAGAAGUCACUUGUACACCAUUGUGGUAUGUAGCCAAAAUGGUUCACGAAGCACUAAAAAGAAUGGAAGAUUCGGAGUAUUGGAGAUCUUCCAUUGAUUACCUAGAAUCGCAACCAGAUGUAAUGGCUCCUUUUCGUGAGGGGAAGGCUAUUACAUGUCCAAACCUUUUAAUGAAUUCUUUUGGUAGGUUACCAUUAUAUGAAGCAGAUUUUGGAUGGGGUAAGCCAUUGUUUGUAGGUUAUGUUGCACUCAAAGGUGAGAGCUAUACCUACUUGCUUCCAAAUCCUAAUAGGGAUGGUAGUUUUUUACUGGACAUUACUCUUUUUACUGCUCAUAUGUCUAAUUUGAAAAACUACUUGUAUGACUUGUAA